GGGAAUGUUUGUUUACAGAUGAGGGUCUCACUCUGUUGCUGAGGCUCAAGUGCAAUGGUGCGACCACCACAGCUCACUGCAGCCUCAACCUCCUGAAUUCAAGAGAUCCUCCCACCUCACCCUCCCAAGUAGUUGGGACUACAAGGCAAGCACUGCUACACCCAGCUGAUUUUUUAUUUGUUAUAGAGAUGUGGUUUCUGCUAUACUGCACAGGCUAGAAACUAAGUACUUUUUAAAAAAUAUUCUGGUUGCCCAGUGAAGGAAAGUCUGUUUAAAAAAAAAAAAAAAAAGAAUCUAUAGGGCUGCUCAGUGAAGAACAGCCUGUUGAAAAACGAGAAAAAAAAAGAAUUUAUAGGUCCAACUGGGAAGAUGUUAAUGUGAGUCAUGCGAAGAUCGACAGUGGCUUUGACUAGAGAGCAGCACUAAGUGUUGACAAGUGAGUACACAUUCCUUACAAGUGCACACAGAAAAUUCACUAAAAUCAUAUUCUAAGUAACAAAACACACUUCAUCAGAUAUUUUAAAAAUUAAAAUUAUUCAAAGUAUGUUUCCAAGGGCUGGGUGUGAUGGCUCAUGCCUACAAUCCCAGUACUUUGGGAGGCUGAGGUGGGAGGAUCACUUGAGGCCAGAAUUUUUUUUUUUUAAGUAUGUUUCUAGAUCAUAAGAGAAUUAAAUUAGAAGCCAGUAAGAAAAAAGUCUCAAAUACUUGUAUAUUUAAACACCACACUAAUAACCCAUGGGUCAAAAAGGUAAUCCCAAGUGAACUGAAUAAAAAUGAAAAUAUAACAUCUGAAAGUUGUGGGACACAGUUAAAGAAAUGCUUAGAGCAUUUCUAUUAGAAAAUAAGAAAAGUCUCAAAUUAAUAAUUAAAGCAUCCAUCUUAAAAUAUUAGAAAAAGAAGGCAAGUAGGAGAAAAUAAAUCAAUAAAGUUGAUAAACUUUUAGCCAGAACAAGAAAAGGAGAGAAAGAGAGAGAAGACACAAAUUACCACCAAUUCAGGGAAAAUUAGGAGAUAUAUCCGUACUGAUCCCAAAGAAAUAUUACUAUUAUAAUAAUCUUAUGCACAUAAAUUUGGUAACUUAAAGGAAGGAAGAACUCGAAUAGUCCUAUAUCCACUAAACAUACUGAAUUCAUAGUUAAAAGCUUUCAAAAACAGAAAAGAAAACCCCAGCCCAGUUGGCUAUACUGGCAAACUCUACCAAACAUUUGAGGAAGACGUAACAUUACUUUUUCACAACAGUUUCCCCAAAACAGAAUUGGAUAGUACACUUCCAAAUUCAUUUUAUGAAGCUACCAUCACCCUGAUACCAAAAUCAAGUACAAUAUGACAUAAGAAAGCUACAAAACAACAUCCCUCAUCAACAUAAAAGCUAAGAUCUUUGAAAAAAUGUUAAACUAGUAUCUAAAAGGAAUAGUACAUUGCAACCAAGAAGGCUUUGUUCCAAGAAUACAAGUCUGGUUUAACAAUCAAAAAUCAAUGUAAUUAACCACAUUAACAUAAUAAGAUAAAAAAUUCAGAAAAGGCAUUUGACAAAACUCAAUAGCCAUUCAUGAUAAAAAAAACUCUCAGCCAAUCAGUGACAGAAAACAACUUACUCAACUUGAUAAAGCAUAUUGUCUCAGUCAGCUAGGGCUGCUAUAACAAAAGACCAUAGACUGGGUGGCUUAACCACCAUACAUUUAUUUCUCAUAAUUCUGGAAGUUGGUGAGGGAUCCCUUCCUGGCUUGCAGAUGGGCCAUCUUCUCCUAUAUCUUCAUACGGUCAGGAGACAGAAAGCUCUGGUAUCUAUUCCUUUCUUUCAGAAGGGCACUAAUCGCAUCAUAGAGAAUCCACCCUCAUGACCUCACCUAAACCUAAUUACCUCCCAAAGGCCCCCACCUCCUAAUACUAUAACAUUGGAGGUGAUGGCUUCAAUAUACAUAUUCGGGGGGGACACAAACAUUCAGUCCAUAAUAGGUACGUACAAAAAACCUACAGUUAACUACAUAUUUAAUGGUAAAAGACCAAAUAUUUUCUCUAAAUGUCAGGUUUUAAGCAAAGAUGCCUGACCCCACCACAUUCACAUUCAAUGUCAAUCUGGAAGCCCUAGUUAAGUACAAUAAGGCAAGAAAAAAAAUAAAAGGCAUUCGGAUUGUAAAAGGAGAAAUAAAACAUUCAUUCCAAGACACAAUGACCAUUUAUGUAGAAAAUCCCAAGGAAUCUAUAAAAAAACAACAUUCAAAAAAAUCAAUAAAAUUUCUAUGCACUACCAAUGACAGUUAGAAACCAAAAAAUAUUUUAAAGUCCUAUUUGUAAUAACUCAAAAAAACAAAAUGCUUAGGUACAAAUCUAAUAUAAUCAGGAUCCCUAUGUUGAUAUACUAUAAAAUGUACACGAAAGAAACAGAAGGCCUAAAUAAGUGGGGAGAUAUACUGUGCUGAUGAAUCAGAAACCUCAAUAUACUAAAAACAUCAAUUCUCCAAAUUGAUCUUUAGACUCAAUAUAAUUCCAAAGAAAAUCCCAACAGGGUGAUCUUGUGGAAGUAGAGACGUAGAAUGAUAGUUACCAGUGUCUAAGAAGUGCAGGGGAGGGGGGAAGAUAAAGAGAAAUCAGUUGAUAGGUUCAAACAUACAAUUAGAAGGAAUAAGUUCUCAUGUUUGACAGCACAGUAGGGUGACUACAAUUAAUAACAAUGUCUCACAUAUUCUAAAAUAGCUAGAAGGGAGAACUAGAAAUCUUCCCAGCACAUAGAAACAAUAAAUGUUCAAGGUGAUGGAUACCUCAAAUACCUGAACUUGAUUACAUAUUCUCUGUAUACAACAAAAUAUCACAUGUACCCCAUAAAUAUGUACAAAAAGAAUGUAUCCACAAAAUAAUUCUAACAAGAUUAUUUGUAGAUAUAGACAGGGUGCUUCUAAAAUUUACAUGAAAAAGUAAAGAAAUUAGAAUAGUCAAAGCCAUUUUUAAAAAGAAAAAAAAAAGUUGGAAAGCAUCCUACCAAAUUUAAGUUUAAGUUUGUUAAUAUGUAAGAAAUAUUUAAAAGCUGUAGUAGUAGGAAAACCGGCCGAGCCCUGGGUGUGGGACAGAGUGCCUGUGUGUGUGUGUCCCCAAGGGCAGGAAGGUGGCAAAGGGAGGUGAAUCCAAGUGGGUGGAGGGAAGGGAAAGGUGGGAAGAGAAAAAGGUGCGAGGAGGACCAAGUGGGAGGGUGGUGGCUCACUCAGGACCCACCGGGGGCAGCGCAAUGAGGCGGGUGACCCUAUUCCUGAACAGCAGCCCCAAGAAUGGAAAGGUGGUUGCUGUAUAUGGAACUUUAUCUGAUUUGCUUUCUGUGGCCAGCAGUAAACUCAGCAUAAAAGCCACCAGUGUGUAUAAUGAGAAAGGUGGACUGACUGAUGAUAUUGCUUUGAUCAGGGAUGAUGAUGUUUUACUUGUGUGUGAGGGAGAGCCAUUUAUUGAUCUUCAGACAGAUUCUAAGCCUCCUGAAGGAUUGUUAGGAUUCCACACAGAAUGGCUAACAUUAAAUGCUGCAGGGAGGUACUUUACAACUACACGGAGCACUUUAGCGAAUAAAGAACCUGACAGUAUGCUGGCCCACAUGCUUAAGAACAGAGGUGUCUGGGGAAAUAAGCAAGAUCAUAGAGGAGCCUUCUUAAUUGACCAAAGUCCUGAGUACUUUGAACCCACUUUGAACUACUUGUGUCAUGGACAGCUCAUUGUAAAUGAUGGCAUUAAUUUAUUGGGUGUGUUAGAAGAAGCAAGAUUUUUUGGUAUUGACUCACUGAUUGAACACCUAGAAGUGGCAAUAAAGAAUUCUCAAUCACCAGAGGAUCAUUCACCAAUAUCUCGAAAGGAAUUUGUCCGAUUUUUGGUAGCAACUCCAACCAAGUCAGAACUGUGAUACCAGAGUUUGAACUUCAGUGGUGCUGAUGUUUCUCGUUAGGACCUUCAAUACAUUAACUUCAAAAUGGCCAAUUUAAGCCGCUGCAAUCUUGCACAUGCAAAUCUUUACUGUGCAAAUCUUGAAUGAGGUGAUCUCUCUGGAUCAGUGCUUGACUGUGCAAAUCUCCAGGGAGUCAAGAUGCUCUGUUCUAAUGCAGAAGGAGCAUCCCUGAAACUGUGUAAUUUUGAGGAUCUUUCUGGUCUUAAAGCCAAUUUAGAAGGUGCUAAUCUGAAAGGUGUGGAUAUGGAAGGAAGUCAGAUGACAGGAAUUAACCUGAGAGUGGCUACCUUAAAAAAUGCAAAGUUGAAGAAUUGUAACCUCAGAGGAGCAACUCUGGCAGGAACCAAUUUAGAGAACUGUGAUCUGUCUGGGUGUGAUCUUCAAGAAGCCAACUUGAGAGGGUCCAACGUGAAGGGAGCUACAUUUGAAGAGAUGCUGACACCACUAUACAUGUCGCAAAAUGUCAGAUGAGAAUUUUAGGGGCUAGAGGAAGAUGUACAAGAUGAAAACAUUUUCCUUAUCACUUUUCUUUCUCCACCCACUCAGUUGUCUAGAAGAAGUAACACUGUAAGGAAAUUUUUAAAAAACAUUGAGAGAAUUAUGCUUGCUCUCAGCGGUGCAUAAGGGAAAAAACUGACUUUUUUUCCAUAUUCUGAUUUUUAACAGAAAAGCACUCAUUAAUAGGUAUACGGAAA